UUCAUUGAAGAGGAAAGUUUAUAGACUGUAAGGAGUGCGGUGUUUAAAUCCACUUAGCAGCUACUUGUUAAACGAGUUCAAAAAGGUACAUUUCCUUCUCAUCACAAAUUAGGACGAGCUGAAGUUGGAGCGUGGCACGUGUUUCACCCACAAAUGAUGGCCACAGCUGACCCAAACAUAACAAAUUUUACCGAAAGGGAUCCAUGUCCUUUUGAGCCUGAUACGUCAACAGAGAAGGUUUUUCAGUGUAUUGCGUACUUCAUCAUCAUGUUCGGCUCCUUCGUCGGUAACGUGCUGGUCAUAUGCGUCGUCAUUCUGAACAGACAAAUGCGAACUGUCACAAAUUAUUUGAUAGUAAAUAUGGCGGUGGCAGAUCUCUUGAUUACAAUAGUCAGUAUGCCGGUCACUGCAAAAGUUCUCGUGACAGGACGCAGCAUCAAUUGGUCAAAUGGUGUCGUGUAUGAUAUUUUGUGCAAGAUAAUCCCAUUCAGCCAAACUUUGUCGAUCGCAAGCUCUGUUUUGAGUUUGACAGUUAUAGCUGUUGACCGUUUCCUAGCAGUGAUGUACCCUUUGAAGAGAUGCAUGACUUUUCAGAAAACGUACGUUGCAAUGGCACUGGUCUGGCUUGUGGGUAUUGCCGUUAAUUCACCGACUCUUUACGCCCAAAAAAUUGUGUUUCUCGAAUACAGUCAGAGCUGGACCUGCACGGAGAAGUGGGAACCAGCAUUCACCGAAGGGGCAUACAAAGGCUUUACAAUAGUUCUUUUUGUGAUUUUUUACCUGGUUCCUCUACUGACCAUGUCAAUUCUAUAUAGCUUCGUCAUUUACAAACUCUGGGUGAGAAAAGUUCCAGGAAAUCAAACUGCCGAAAACCAGCAGCGAUCCAACAAAUCCAGAAAGAAAGUUUUAAAAAUGCUUCUUGCCGUAGUGAUUCUUUUUGCACUGUGUUGGCUCCCGGUGUACAUCACCCAAUUUAUUAGUUUCUACGGAGAGGUGGAUUUUCCUUGCGGUCCACCAAGUACUUUGGCAUUCAUGGGCUAUUUUUUGGGACAUGCUAACAGCGCUAUCAAUCCUGCUAUUUAUGUGAUAUUUAACUCUGACUUUCGUAAAGGAUUUCGAGAUGUUUUGCUGUGUCGUUGUUCCCGCAGGAACAGAGUUGCUCCGCAAGUCAAUUUGGGAACCGUGACUGGAGGGGAAAAUAGUUACAUCGAUGGUGCGACUGUUUUAGCGCGUAUCCGUACGCGCGGAGGAUCAAAAGUAUCAACUUGAUAGUUGAUAUCGUCAAAGUUGAUAUAGAUAAUGAAAACUGUAAGCCGUGUUACUACAUUGCUGAGAUGAAAAAAAAACCAUUACCUGUCGUUUGUUCGUCCUCGCAUAUUGUACGCAUCCAGUUUAGACAGUUUAAACAACCUAGUGAGUCAUUUUAACAGAGAAAGAUUUUUAGCAAAAAAAAAAUGUUUCCAGUUGCUAUGAAGAAACUGAAAGACAUUUUACCACUGAUAUAGUUAAUUUCUAAGUUUUUGAUCACACUUUAUUUCGUGCAUUCGUCUUCACGAAUUUAUUACUGGAUCAUCUAAUUUGAGUUUCCUAACGCCGAAAGAGCGAGAUAAAAUAGGUAAUAUAGGUCGGAUUCUAGUUUUACAAUAGAAAUUUGUGACAAGUUUCAAGAUGUUAAAUUACGUACUCGCCAAGGAAAAGAAACAAAAUUUACACUAAAUUUCA